UUUGGACUGGAGCUUUGUUUGUUUUCUCUUUUGCCAGCUGGUGGGAUUUCUACAUAUAAUAGCCGGCUGUCCAUCAGAUUGGCUUCAAGAACCUGAGCAAUUGACCGCCAUGUCCAAGCCAAUUAGAUUCUAUUUCGAUUUAUUGUCCCCGAUUGCCCGUGGCCUCUGGCUGGGCUUAAAAUUCGGCAAGAGCCCGAUUGAAUAUUGCCCUGUUGCCCUCCGUAAAUUUGAGCAAUUGACCGAGGAGUACAAGAAGAUCAAUCGUUUUCAGAAGGUUCCCGCCAUAGUGGAUGGUGACUUCCAUUUGUCCGAAACUAUUGCCAUUAUUCGUUAUCUCGCCGACAAAGGUCAGUUCGAUGAAAAGCUCUACCCAAAAACAUUGGAGGCCCGUGCUCGAGUGGAUGAGUUCCUUGAGUGGCAACACCUGAAUAUAAGACUUGCGUGUACCUUGUACUUUCGAGAUGCUUGGCUAUUUCCCAUGAAUGGUAUAACACCCAAGCCCAAUCCGGGUCAAAUACAAAAGCUGGUUGAGGGAGUGGAAACAAAUUUAGGGCUUCUGGAGCGUUUGUGGCUGGAAAAGGACUUUCUGGUCGGGCAGAGUCUAACGAUGGCAGAUAUCCUUGGUUCUUCCGAAAUCAAUCAACUCAGGCUGUGCAAAUACAAAGUGGAUGAGAACAAGUUUCCGAAGGUGGCCAAAUGGCUGGAACGUGUCAGGAAAGCCACUAAUCCCUAUCAUGACGAGUCACUGACUUUUAUUAACCAAAAAGCAAAGCAUCCAAUUGUUGCCAAGUUGUGAAAAUUCCACAACUUUCCGCCCGACACAUUUUGAGAUUUAAUAUCAACUGCCAGUUAUUCAUGUUUUUAGUUUUUUAGUUCCGAUUUUUCUGCAUUUGUACAAAGUUAAUGAUUAAAGAUUACUAUUUGCUA